ACGUCACUUCCUCCUGCCAGCAAAACAGAGGGAAGCUAAUUUGUUAGCCUCGAAAAUGAGUUUGUUUUUGCCGAAAUUAACGUGCAAAAAAGACAUCGACGAAGUUAUCAAAGGCGUCGCAGAAAAAGUCGUAGUUUUGCGGUUUGGGAGAGACGAAGACUCGGUUUGUCUCCAGCUGGAUGAGAUUCUGUCGAAAACUGCCCAUGACUUGAGUAACAUGGCCUCCAUCUACAUCGUUGAUGUGGAUAAAGCUCCCAUCUACACCAGAUACUUUGACAUCAGUUACAUCCCCUCCACAGUUUUCUUUUUCAAUGGACAGCACAUGAAAGUGGAUUAUGGCUCCCCAGAUCACACCAAGUUUGUCGGCAGCUUCAAGACCAAGCAAGAUUUCAUGGAUCUGAUUGAGGUCAUAUACAGAGGAGCCAUGCGUGGGAAGAUGAUUGUCCAGAGUCCCAUAGAUCCUCAAAAUAUUCCCAAAUAUGAUCUCCUCUACCAUGGAAUUUAGAUUCAACACCUCCGCCCCCGCAGCCUUAUCUAAUCAUCUUUAGUUUUCAGCCACCAGGAAGGCAUCUGAAGAAGUGUUUUCUGAUUUUUAUUUAUUUAUCGUGAAAAGGCAGUGUUAUCUUGAUGUUUCCCAUGGAAAAGAGCUGCAUAUAAGCAGGGAGAUACAAUUAAUGUAUGCAAUGUACUUUCUCUGUUUUUAUAAUAAACUUGUACCUUUUAUCUUGCA